AGUCAUGGCGGCGGCCGUGGUGGUGGCGGCGGCGGCGUGGCUGCUGCUGUGGGGCGCGGCCUGCGCGCGGCCGGAGCCGGACUUCUACGACUUCCAGGUGGUCAACAUCCGGGGCAAGCUGGUGUCGCUGGAGAAGUACCGGGGCUCGGUAUCUCUGGUGGUGAACGUGGCUAGUGAGUGUGGCUUCACAGACCAGCACUACCGAGCACUGCAGCAGCUGCAGCGGGAUCUAGGACCCUACCACUUCAACGUGCUUGCCUUUCCCUGCAACCAGUUUGGCCAACAGGAGCCAGACAGCAACAGGGAGAUUGAGAGCUUUGCUCGCCGCACCUACAGUGUAUCUUUCCCCAUGUUUAGUAAGGUCGCAGUCAUUGGCACUGGUGCCCAUCCUGCCUUCAAGUAUCUGACCUAUACUUCUGGAAAAGAGCCCACCUGGAACUUCUGGAAGUACCUCGUAGCCCCAGAUGGAAAAGUGGUGGGAGCAUGGGACCCGACUGUAUCUGUGGAGGAAAUCAGGCCUCAUAUCACAAGCCUAGUGGCAAAGCUCAUCCUGAAGAAGCGAGAAGACUUAUGACCAAAUUCCCUGUCUCCUCCCUUCCACAUUCCAUCUCACUGUGUAUAGGUGACCAGAACAAACAAGUGGUGCUUCCCAGUGACAGAUCUACUGGUCCUCUUACCAUAUCUAUCACUCCUAUGGGGAAAAAUUUCUAGCAUUUUGAUUAUUUGAACCAGAGCAACUGAUAGGAAUUACUACUGGCCACUGAAAACUCUUUUGAUGGUGAAUCACCAGCUAAUAAAAACCUCUAGCCAAUGGGGACAUGUGACAGGCAGAGGGUAUAAAGCAAUAAUCUCGUCCUUGGCCAGGUCUCUGUAAAAUGGGACUGAUUCCUACCUCACAGGGCUCUUAGAAGAGUUGUGAUGAGAUAUAUGUAAAAGUGCCUUAAGUAGUACAAGCCAAAUAGAAAAUAUUCAAUAAAUGUUUUUGCAUAUUAACCAAAAAAUUACUUGUGAUCAAUGAAAACUUGCAAUCAGUAUGAAUUUUCAGCCAAUGGAAAUCCAGAUCAAAUUUGU